UGAGGUGUUGGCCGGCUGGGCAGCGGCCGGGAGCCGGGGGCGGGGGCGUUGGCCAUGUUUCCCCUCGGGCUCCGUAGCCCCGGAGGGAAUAGGGCGGCUGGAGCCGGGGCUGAGGAGCCGGCACCCUACGGGAGAGAGGCGGCUGCUGCCGGGCCGCUCCCUUCCCCGCCCUCGCCACUACAGCCCAGGGCUGACGCCGCCCCUCCCCCGUCGCCCGGCGGGAGCCCUCGCAGUCCGUGCGCCCCCUCGGAGCCCCACGCCGGGCGCGCGCGGGAGCUCGGGCUGCCCGGAGCUCUAGAGUCCUCAGCCGCUUCCGCUCAAGGAGAUCCUUCACCGCCUUCCCCGCCGCGCCGGCCACCCGGGCCUGACUGCAGGGCCGGGAGCCGCGGCCAGCCCUGCCUCAUAGCCCGCCUGGGCAGCCCUGGUGCCCGGCUCUUCGGGUGGCUGAGAGAGCGCAGCCUGGGCCGCGGGCUGUUCGUGGACCCGGCGCGGGACAAUUUCCGCACCAUGACUAACCUCUAUGGUUCCAUCCAUCCCGCGGAUUCGGUGUACCUCAGCACCCGCACCCACGGGGCAGUCUUCAACCUCGAGUACUCGCCCGACGGGUCAGUGCUGACAGUUGCUUGUGAACAGACUGAAGUUCUACUUUUUGAUCCUAUAUCUUCAAAGCACAUAAAAACACUUUCUGAAGCUCAUGAAGACUGUGUAAAUAAUAUAAGAUUUCUUGAUAACCGGCUGUUUGCCACCUGUUCUGAUGACACUACAAUAGCCCUUUGGGAUCUGAGAAAACUGAACACGAAAGUAUGCACUUUACAUGGUCACACUAGCUGGGUGAAGAACAUCGAAUAUGAUACUAAUACAAGACUCUUAGUAACAUCAGGAUUUGAUGGAAAUGUCAUUAUUUGGGACACCAACAGGUGUACCGAAGAUGGAUGUCCACAUAAGAAAUUCUUUCACACACGUUUUCUCAUGCGGAUGAGAUUAACACCAGAUUGUUCCAAAAUGUUGAUCUCAACAUCCUCUGGAUAUCUCUUGAUUUUGCAUGAUCUUGACUUAACCAAGUCUUUAGAAGUAGGCAGCUAUCCCAUUUUGAGGGCAAGAAGAACAACAUCAAGUUCAGAUCUUACCACUUUGUCAAGUUCGUCUGGUCCUAGAGUUUCUGGUUCACCUUGUCAUCACAGUGAUUCUAAUUCAUCUUCUGAGAAACACAUGUCACGCACCUCACAAAGAGAAGGAAUUUCACCACGAAAUAGUCUUGAAGUCUUAACCCCUGAAGUUCCUGGUGAGAGAGACCGUGGAAACUGCAUCACAUCCUUACAGCUACACCCAAAAGGCUGGGCCACUCUUCUUCGGUGCUCAAGCAACACUGAUGAUCAGGAGUGGACUUGUGUCUAUGAAUUCCAAGAAGGAGCACCCGUGAGGCCAGUCGCACCUCGCUGUUCUCUGCGCCUGACUCAUUACAUUGAAGAAGCCAAUGUAGGCAGGGGUUAUAUCAAAGAACUUUGCUUCAGCCCUGAUGGGCGAAUGAUUUCGUCCCCACAUGGAUAUGGGAUUCGCUUGUUGGGGUUUGACAAACAGUGCAGUGAACUUAUUGACUGUUUGCCCAAAGAAGCCAGUCCCCUGCGGGUGAUCCGUUCUCUGUACUCUCACAAUGAUGUGGUACUGACAACAAAGUUCUCUCCAACACAUUGUCAGAUCGCCUCUGGGUGCCUUAGUGGACGGGUUUCUUUGUAUCAGCCAAAGUUUUAGGCACAAUUUAACGUCAAAUAAGCAACUCUACCGGUGUUCGACUUCUAUAUACUUCAAUUUAGGUGAAGUAUUUUCUUUUUAGAAGAUCUUAAAAGUUUGGGUCAAGAUCCUGGUUCUUAGGGGUCCACAGACAUGCCUGUGACCUGAGUACUUGAUCAUCCAGCAUCACGAGGCAUCGCCAAGUUAGACUCCAGGCAGCAACAUCUUUGCAGCGUUCCUCCGCUCCUGCUGACCUGUGCCACUACACUCCAGCUCUGCUCGUAGCUUUGUCAGGUCGCUUUCUUUUAAUUCUUUUCUGUUUUUGAUUUUGGUGUGAAUUUUGUGGACAUUUGGCAGGAGUUUUGGUUGGAUUAGGAGAAACUUGUGAUGCUAGUAUUGAAUAAAACCCGGAAGUCUGAUGUUGGCAUACUGGUUGCUAAAAAGAAAUUUCAUCUUCACUUAUCAGUAUUCUUGGCCUUUUAAAGUUGCUGUUAGUUUCUCUAUAAUGAGCACAGA